AUGAUCGCGGCCCAGGCCAAGCUGGUAUAUCAUCUGAAUAAAUACUACAACGAGAAAUGCCAAGCCAGGAAAGCUGCCAUCGCCAAAACGAUCCGAGAAGUCUGCAAAGUGGUGUCGGACGUGCUGAAGGAGGUGGAGGUGCAGGAGCCUCGCUUCAUCAGCUCCUUGAACGAGAUGGACAAUCGCUACGAGGGGCUGGAAGUCAUCUCCCCCACGGAGUUCGAAGUCGUGCUGUAUCUGAACCAAAUGGGGGUUUUCAACUUCGUGGACGACGGCUCCCUGCCGGGCUGCGCUGUGUUAAAGUUAAGCGACGGGCGCAAGAGGAGUAUGUCCCUCUGGGAGGAGUUCAUCACGGCGUCUGGCUAACUCUGCGCUCGCAAAAUCCGGUCCAGAUUUCAGACUCUGGUGGCUCAAGCCGUGGAUAAGUGCAGUUACAGGGACGUGGUAAAGAUGGUGGCGGACACCAGCGAAGUGAAGCUGCGGAUCAGGGACCGGUACGUCGUGCAGAUCACCCCGGCGUUCAAAUGCACGGGGAUCUGGCCGCGGAGCGCUGCCCACUGGCCGCUUCCCCACAUCCCCUGGCCGGGACCCAACCGGGUGGCGGAGGUCAAGGCGGAAGGCUUCAACCUCUUGUCCAAGGAGUGCCACUCUCUGGCCGGCAAGCAGAGCUCGGCCGAGAGCGAUGCCUGGGUGCUGCAGUUCGCGGAAGCCGAGAACAGACUGCAGAUGGGCGGCUGCAGGAAGAAAUGCCUCUCUAUCCUCAAAACCUUACGGGACCGUCACCUGGAGCUGCCGGGCCAGCCCCUGAAUAAUUAUCACAUGAAGACUCUGGUUUCAUACGAAUGCGAAAAGCAUCCCCGCGAAUCGGACUGGGACGAGUCGUGCCUGGGGGACCGGCUCAACGGGAUUUUACUGCAGCUCAUCUCCUGCCUCCAGUGCAGGAGGUGCCCGCAUUACUUCUUGCCCAAUUUAGACCUCUUUCAGGGCAAACCUCACUCGGCCCUGGAAAACGCGGCCAAACAAACGUGGCGACUAGCUAGGGAAAUACUCACCAACCCGAAAAGUUUGGAGAAACUUUAGAGGGUAAUUACAAAACCAGCCUGACCGAUAAAUCUGCUUAUUUCCCAGUGAAAUUGAAGCUGCCUGGUCGAAAAGUCAAAUAUUUCCACUUGACAAUGCAAAGAAUAUUCUCUUUUAAAAAGGAAUAUAGCUUAGGCUCUUCACAAAGGAAAGCAAAUAAGAACAGCAAGUAUCUUUCCUCUUAUCUUCGUCACAGUUUUGCAGUUC